AUGUUUAGGAACCAGUACGAUAGUGAUGUGACAGUAUGGAGUCCGCAAGGCCGCCUGCAUCAAGUCGAAUAUGCUAUGGAAGCUGUGAAACUUGGAUCGGCCACUGUAGGCCUUAAAAAUAAAGAGUUUGCUGUGCUCAUUGCCCUGAAGAGAGCUGUUAGUGAACUGUCGGCUUAUCAAAAGAAGAUUAUCCCUAUUGAUGAGCACUUAGGUAUCUCCAUAUCUGGAUUGACUGCAGAUGCUCGCAUGUUGAGUCGUUUUAUGAGAACUGAAUGCCUUAACCACAAGUAUGCUCACGAUGCGCCAAUGCCUGUGGGCCGACUUAUAGGGCUUGUUGGCAACAAGAUGCAGAUCUGCACUCAAAGAUAUGACAAGAGACCACUUGGUGUCGGCUUGCUUGUAGCUGGUUAUGAUGAUCAAGGUCCUCACAUCUACCAAACCUGCCCAUCAGCUAACUUCUUUGACUGCCGAGCGAUGGCCAUCGGUGCUCGCUCUCAAUCAGCUCGUACCUACUUGGAGAAACACUUGACGGAGUUUGCCGACUGCGAGCUCCAGGAUUUAGUGGCUCAUGGUCUCCGGGCGUUGAGAGAUACCCUGCCUAAUGAAGUGGAUCUCAAUAAUAAGAAUGUGUCCAUAGCAAUCGUAGGCCCCAAGACACCCCUGAAGAUCUGUGAGGAAGCAGAAUUGUCCCGGUUCCUAGCACUAGUGGAGGGGGAGGAGAGGCGGGGAGGUGCUUCCCUCGCGGUGGGGGAUAUUCUCCCCGACGACCAGCCUCCGCGGGACCGACCCGACAGACCCGACCGCCCGGAACCAAUCCCGGCGCUAAAGGAAGGCUUCAGAUUGAAAAUAUCAGACUAUAAAAUUUCAAUGUGA